UCUCUAAGCAAUGUCUGCCCUUGUUGUUUCUGGGGUAGUUAAGUUGGGUGAUCAUACCCUUCAUAUGAAGCUCUCUAAGAAAACUGAGUGAAGAAGCAUUGAACUGUAACAAAAGAGAGGAUGUUCAGAUUGCACAGGAACAGACCUGCCAAAUCAGGGGAGAGACUUGAUUUCAAGCUCUCUCAGCUCAAAGCUCUCCAGGUACCAAAAGGAUGGGACAAGCUCUUUGUUUCCGUAAUUUCUGUAGAAACGGGGAAAACAAUUGCUAAGUCGAGCAAAGCGGUGGUGCGAAAUGGAAGUUGUCAAUGGACUGAGACUCUGGCGGAAUCUGUGUUGGUUUCGCAUGAUGAUUCUUCCAAAGAAUUGGAAGACUGCCUCUUGAAGCUCAUCAUUUCCAUGGGAUCAGCUAGAUCUGGCAUCCUCGGAGAGGCAACAAUCAACGUGACAAACUACAUCAGUUCCAGCGCUUCUGUCCCCAUUUCAGUCCCACUGAAGAAGUGCAACUACGGAACAGUGUUACAAGUCACAAUACACUGCCUGACUUCAAGAACAAAGCUCAGGGAUGAUGAAUCUAAGGAGACAAAUUCUCAAGUCAAUGAAUUGAACUCAAACAGCCUCGAUGGGGACUUCAAGUCAGAUAGGUCCGGAAGCACAAUCACAGAGAACGCUGCCACUUCCUCUAACAAAGAACUCAGGUCAACUUCGCGCCCGGAACAUCUUGCAAGUAGGGAAACAAGUUUUUCGUCCUCUGCUUCUCAUCAGAGCUUCGGCUCUGCAGAAAAUUCCUCUCACAGAGAAGACCUUUCACCUGAAAAUAAAUUGAGAGUUGACAGGCAUGACCAAAGCAUUGGAGAGACUUCAGUCAGUUCCCUCAGUGUAGAUGGUGGCAAUCUGAUCAAUAGCUCUUCUCAAUUGAAUCCUCCAUUCUCUAAUUCACAGAUUAUGGGUUCGGGUGAUCAGUCACAUAAUAACAAGGAAAUGUUAUCUGUGCGGAUUUCUGGUUCCUCUAAAGAUCUGUUGGAAGCCGCAGAAGACACGAUAGAAGAGCUUCGUGCGGAGGCUAAAAUGUGGGAGCGAAAUGCGCAAAAGCUAAUGCUCGAUUUGGAUAUGGUGAGGAAGGAGUUCUCUGAUCUGUCCAAGAAUCACAAGGAUCUGGAUAUGGAGUUCUCGGCAGCUAAGACGGAACGGGAGUGCUUAAGAAAAGAAGUCGAACAGCUAAAGCUGCUGCUUGACAACUCACUAGCGGACCAAACGACCGUGGAUGAUUCAAAUGGCCAAAAGGAAGCAGUAGGCCGCAUUCAAAAGGAGUUGGAGGAAGAAAUAAGAUUCCUGAAAGAAACAAAUGCUGAUUUGACUCUGCAGUUGAGCAGAAGUCAGGAAUCGAACAUUGAGCUUGUUUCUGUUCUACAGGAGCUCGAAGAGACAGUUGAGAAGCAGAAACUUGAGUUGGAAAAUGUUGCAAUUGUUCAGUCAAAGUUCAGUGAUAUGGAGGAUUUGCUACUAUCAAAUAUAGCCGAAAACAAGAGUCUAAAGACCCAGUUGCAGCAAACCCAGGAAUCGGAGAAGGAUCUGCUAGUUAAGCUGCAACAGAUGGAAAAGGCCUUAGAAGACGAAAAGCUUAUGAUGGAUGAAAAAGUCGGUUUGGAAAAGAGACUCUUAGAAUUUGAGAGAGAAUACACAAGGAAAUUAUCAGAUAAGGAGGAAGAAAUUGCCAAUCUAGAGGCCAAGCUAACCGAGACUCUUGAAGAAAAGCAUUCUCGAGAGUCUGCUGACGGAGGUGAUGAGUAUCUGAUUAAAGAAAUCGAGUCCCUAAAAGAAACGGUUCAGGAGCUGGAGAGCGACUGCAAUGAGCUUACAGAAGAAAACUUAGACCUCUUAUAUAAGCUUAAGAAAUUGAACAACUGUCUUUACGUCGCAAUCGACUGUAGAGAUGGCCAGAAUGAUAAGGCGGUGAAUGAAAUGCUCGUUGCAAAUGAAAAAAGCAAUGAGUGCUUGAAGAUGGAUGCAGAGGACAAAGAUGAAGAAUUUGGUAAGGACUCAGUCAAGGAUGGGAAUGAGGAGCGAAAAAUUGAGGAGAUGUUACUUUUGAAAGAAGAGGAGAUUGAAUACCUGAGAGAAUGCCAUACUAAACUAGAAGCCCUGGUUUCAGAUCUAGAGAAGGAAAAGAUUGAGCUAGAGGAGAAUUUGCAAAUUAUGCACAGAGAGAGUGAGAUAACCGCUAAAUGCCUCACUGACGUCCAAAAUGAUUUUGUGGUUCUAAGCGGCAGUGUGGAUUCCCAUGUUUCUGCCAACAAAACUCUUGAGAGGAAAAAUUCUGAGAUUGGACAAGAAAAUGUAGCCUUGUCUAUGCGAAUAGCAGAAAUGGAAGCUCAACUAAGCUAUCUGAUGGACAAGAUGGAAGAAACCCAGUUGGAGCUGGAGAGAUCGAGAGCACUGUGUGAGAGCCUCCAGGAUGAGAUAUCCAAGCUGAAUUUUUCAAGCAAGAAGCAGAAGACUCAGCUAGAAAAAGAAAAGAAGGAAAUGCGAAACCGGUGGUCAGAGGCUCAGGAAGAAUGUGCUCAUCUUAGAGAAGAAAGAGCACAGUUACAAGCCGAUGUUGAGAGUCUUGCCGGAGAAUGCUACUCUCUUCAGGAAUUAAACGGAAAGUUAAAGAUGCAGAACGUGGAGUUGCAUGAGGAAUUAGGAAGCUGUCUAAGUGGUUGCUCCACAAAGGUUGAGAUAUUAGAAGAAAAUAUCUCUUCCCUGCUUGACGAUGUCGCAGCAAAAGAAAGAACAUUUAAAACAGAAAUAGAUGCACUUCUCGAUGAAAACCGCAAACACAAGGAGCAGCUUGCUGUGGGAGAGAGCAUGUUAAAUCAGAUAUACGCAGGCAAAACAGUUGAAGUCGAGAACCUUCAAAAAGAGAUUGAACAUUUGACUAAUCAGAUAUCGGAAAUUCAUGAUGAAAGAGAGAGAAUAGUGUCUGAUGCUGCCAACGAGGUAUCCAAAUUAUGCGCAGAUAAAGCUGAACUGGAACUUGCUCUUCACGAAAUUCGAUCUCAACUGCAAAGGACAGAUCAUGAAUUGAAUCAAGAGAUCAAACAUUUGACUAAUCAGAUAUCAGAAAUUCAUGAUGAAAGAGAGAGAAUAGUGUCUGAUGCUGCCGAAGAGAUAUCCAAAUUAUGUGCAGAUAAAGCUGAACUGGAACUUGCUCUUCGCGAAACUCAAUCUGAACUGCAAAGGAAAGAUCGUCAAUUGAAUGAGAUGCAAGAACAGUACGAAAGGAAAGUGAAUGACCUGAUACAGGAACUUUCUGCUUCCCAAGAGGACCAGAAAGCACUGGAGGCUACUGAACAGAGACUGUCGAAGCUGUUGGAGAAUCACAAAUUGAGGGAAGAGAAAUUAAGAACCAACGUUAACGAACUUGAGCUGAGGCUUACUGUAUGUGAAUAUGACCGCCAGCGACUCAUGGAUGAAUCCACCAACAUGAAGGCCCAUCUGCAAAAUUUUGAGAAUCUUCGGGAUCAACUUUUGGCGUUGAAAAAUGAGCUCACUGUAACCAAAUACGAUAAAGAGGAAGCUUCAGCCUCGCUGCGAUUAGUAUCCAAAGAAUGUACGGACCUGAAGGCCGAGAAAAAUGUACUUGUCAAGAAAAUCUCCACCCUACAGGAGCUGGUAAAUGAUUUGGAAGAUUGCAGGCAGAGCAAAGUUAUCUUAGAAGAGAAGCUUCAAUGUACGGAGGGUGAAUUAAUGGCCAAACAGGCUCAAUGUGAUGAGGCUGUCGAGGUGAAAAAUGAGCUGAACCAGAUCAGGAGAGAGCACAAGCACUAUCAGCGGAUGACACAACAGCUUGAAGAGCAGAAAGACGAGUACCUGAGAAGAGCCCGAGCCUCUGAAGAAGAACUCAAUACUAUGAAGGAAGAGAAAAAAAACCAGAAGCAUGUUAACAAAACAAGGAACCCGGGAUUAUCUAAAGCUCAUAUGAAAGUAGCAAAUUCAGCCAAUGAAGAUUCAAGCUCGUCAAAGCGUGAGAUAAGAAGGAAGCUGGUGGCGAAGAAUGUACGGCAACAAGUAGUGAAAGAUCAACCUAAGAUAUCCAAUGCCCGGCAUCACAUAGAGGACAUCCAUAUCAAUAAAAGCGAUGCCGAAAGCUUCUAUGAUGUUGGAGUCGAUCCUAGAUCAAAAGUAUCUUUACUUGAGAAUGAUCUUGUUGAUUCUGCAGUAGAGGAUGACUCGGUUAAUAUUCCACUUAGCAGAUUGCCAGGAGGGCAUCCCCCUCCAGACUCUCCUAGAAAAGAAACUCCCGAAGGCGAAAUAGUCAUGAGAAAAAAGUUUGAGCGCACAAAGUCACGGCUAGAGUCCGAGUUGAGAGACAUACGUGAUCGCUAUCUCCAUAUGAGCCUCAAGUACGCAGAGGUGGAAGCUCAACGCGAGGAACUUGUGAUGAAGCUGAAGGCUUCCCAGAGCGCCAAGAGAUGGUUCUCCUGAAAGGCAAAAUUUUUCUGGUGAAUGUUAUAGCGUCUAUGUAAGUUAUGAGUGUCUUUCAAAAAAAAGUGUGAACAGUCCUGAAGUUUCAACUUUCAAUCACUUUAAACUGUCAUCAGGUCAAAAAAAAAAAAGAAACAAUAAGGCAGCAGAGAAACUGCUUGUUGCAGGAGGAUUAGAAGAAAGGGAGAUCAACACAUGCUGUCCCGUUGACGACCACCGUAGCCGAUACGACACACAAAGAAUUUUUCCAUGCUUCGAUUGCAAGUGAAUCUGUUUCUAGCCGAAUCAAACCAGACAAGAGGGGUGUAUUUGUAUUGCUGUAGAUGUGAAAAAUGCUCUGUAGUAACAGGGUGAAGUGAAUCAUAACCUCUCUUUGAUGCUUA